AAAAGCGAGAGAGAGAGAGGAGCUGUGUGCGUGUGUGAGGUUGAGAGGGAGAGUAGGGGGAAGAUGCUGUUGCCUGGAAACAGCGGUGAAGUAGAAAACUCUGUUUUCCAGCUCGUAUGAAGAUUUUCUCACAGGAAACGAUGGAUGCAACAUGGACCGACUGUGAGGAAAAAGAAAACAGCUGAUUGUGACUCCGGACGGCCUCCAGGGAAUCAAAGAGAAGGAGGACAGCACGCUUCGUCCCUCAGUCUCCAUUAGCAGCAUCAGGAUACAGUCUCGUCCCACCUGCAGAUGUAAACAGUGAUGACGCUCACCUGGAAGCAGCAGCUCUAAAAAAAAUUUUUUUAAAAAGAGAAGAUCUGAAAGCAAAAGAAAGGAAGGUCUCAAACACAGAAGAGCGUCCUCCCUCGCUACAGCAUAGAGCUGAAGCCUGUCCUCCCCAGCAGAGGAUGGGAACAGCAGAAGCCACUUUACGCAUGGACAGCAUGGAGGUCAAGGACGAGUGGCAGGACGAGGACUUCCCCAGGCCUCUACCAGAAGAUGGAGAUGUUGAUUCUUCAUGUGGCCUCACUGACAACAGAAAAUAUCCCCCCGUCACUCUGAACGUGGGAGAGACCGUGGCCCAGCACAAGCGUCGCACCCUGGUGGCCCCCGACAUGAACCUGUCCCUGGAUCAGAGCGAGGGGUCGGUGCUCUCUGAUGAUUUUCUGGAAACGCCCGACGACCUGGACAUCAACGUAGACGACAUCGAGACCCCCGAUGAGACAGACUCGCUGGAGUUCAUUAACAACGGCAACGAGCUGGAGUGGGAAGAUGACACUCCGGUGGCCACCGCCAAACGUCUUCCAGGCGACAGCGAGGAGGAGAGAGACUCGUCGGGGCGUCUGUGGCGAACGGUGAUCAUCGGCGAUCAGGAGCAGCGGAUCGACAUGCAGGUCAUCAGGCCGUACCUGAGGGUGGUCACACAUGGAGGUUAUUAUGGCGAGGGUCUGAACGCCAUUAUCGUGUUUGCAGCCUGUUAUCUCCCUGACAGCAGCUGUGAGGACUACACGUACAUCAUGGAGAACCUCUUCCUAUAUGUGGUGAGCAGCCUGGAGCUCCUGGUGGCAGAAGAUUACAUGAUCGUUUACCUGAACGGAGCAACUCCUCGCAGGAAGAUGCCCGGCAUCAGCUGGCUGAAGAGAUGCUACCAGAUGAUUGACAGGAAACUGAGGAAGAAUCUAAAGUGUCUCAUCAUCGCUCACCCCACGUGGUUCAUCCGGACCGUCCUCGCCAUCUCAAGACCCUUCAUCAGUGUGAAGUUCAUGGAUAAAAUCCGUUACGUUCACUCACUGACGGAACUCAGUCAGAUCAUCCCCAUGGAGCAUGUGCAGAUCCCUGAGUGUGUGCUGCAGUAUGAUGAUGAGAAGAUAAGAGCACAGACGGAAAGACUUGAGCAAGAUCAGCGGCAGAACAACUCAACAGCAGCUAAAGAAAGGCCAAAGUCAGUGAUAGCAGAUGUUGGCUGUGACAUCUGACAUUAAGGUUCUUAAAUGGAAGAACAAGUGGGGGAACAUUCAUUCAUUACUAUAGGAGCCAACGCAAAUCUCCUGACUGGAUUCAUUGGCUGCAAGACAAUCGUUUUCAAAAUGUCCUGCCAGCGCCUAUAACUGAAAGUUCAUUUACACCAAAGGCAUCAAAAAACAAGUCAAACUAAAUCCAAAAAAAAGUUUCUGCUCCCUGCAUGACAAGGUGAGCUUUAUCUCCAGCAUGAUUUCCAUCAUAAAAACAAAUUUAUGGACUUUCAAACAAGAGCUGGGAACGUUGUGUAAAUACUUGUUUAUAUAUUUUUGAGAGAGGUGUUUGCACAGAUAUUUUUUUUUUAUAUAUGGAUGAUAUGGAAUAAGUAUUGUGAAGUUUCAUGAGUGUUUACUGAAAAAUAAUGUACAAUGAUAUCGUUCUUGAAUCUACAGUAGAUGUUACUGAUGCAAACGUGUUCCAGUUUAAUAUGCAGGUGGCAUGCUCGUUCAUAUCCUCUCUGUCACAUCUUAACGUCCACUUUUAAGUUUCUGCCAUCAUGUUUAAAAGACACUUUUACAAGACAGAAAGCAUUACAGAUAAACAAAAUGAAAUAUAUUUAAAGAGAGACUUUAAUUCAUUUCUAUAAGUGUUAUUUAUGAAAAUGUGCCAUUUACUGUUUGUAAAAAAAAUUAAAUGAGUGAACUUUAAA